AUGAAACAAACGACUGUUAGUAAAAUUCAACGCGAGUACUUCAACAGACAAGCCUUUUUACAGAAGUUCACGGAGAGGGAUUUACUCGUCCCAUACUCGAGAUUAGUUCAAGUUGUUGAAACCAAUUUUGAUGGAACUUCCAUCAACAUGGAUCAUUUGACAGCUCAUGUUGAAAUUUUUCAAUUUUAUUAUUUAAAAAAUAUAUCUAACGAUUGUGGCAAUGUUGUUAUAUUUAAUCUUAUUCCGCACUCGGGAAUUAUUGUGUUUUUUGAGCAAGUGUCAGAAGAUAAAUUUGCAAUUGUUAUGAUAAAAAAUACGAACUAG